CAUGGAUCCUGGACGGGGAUCGAACACGCCCCGGCUCUAAGUGACUGCCUCUGGGACUCUAAUUAGAGCAAUUCCGGGUCCCCUCGCAAGCCAAUGACGCUUAGCCUAAGAGGCGAGACCCCUCUAGACCGAGGGGGUUCGAUGGGAGAAAGGGAAUGGUUACAUUUAGUAAGAGCGGAAGUGUCUCUGUUUCCGAUCAGAGUGGGCGGUGACUAGAAUUACCUCUUCUGCCUAUUGGACUGUUGAGCGGGCCUACCAGCCACCGCGCAUUGGCCCGCACUGCUUGGAGGUUUUCUUUUUCCACUUCCUCUCCCGCGAGGUGGUCGUCUGAGUGUUGCUAGGCAACAGUCUUUGGGGGUUAUUUUGGAUUUGGGUCGCUGCCCCGAUUGGGACCGACGAAGGGCGCCACCCGCGUCUCGGCUCUUCCGAGAAGUGUCCCGUUUGCUCACAGCCCUGAAGUGGAAGAAAGAGAGGUGACUUGUGCAAGUAAAGAUUGACAGUGAAGAUUAAUAUUUGGAUUAUUUCAAGAUGAGCUUCUUAUUGCCCAAGCUGACUAGCAAAAAAGAAGUAGACCAGGCGAUAAAAAGUACUGCAGAAAAGGUGUUGGUUCUCAGGUUUGGGAGAGAUGAGGAUCCUGUCUGCCUGCAGCUAGACGAUAUUCUUUCCAAGACCUCUCCUGACUUGAGUAAAAUGGCUACUAUAUACCUGGUAGAUGUGGACCAAACUCCAGUUUAUACACAGUAUUUUGACAUCAGUUAUAUUCCAUCUACCAUAUUUUUUUUCAAUGGGCAGCAUAUGAAAGUGGAUUAUGGGUCUCCAGAUCACACUAAGUUUGUGGGAAGUUUCAAGACCAAACAAGACUUCAUAGAUUUGAUUGAAGUAAUCUAUCGAGGAGCAAUGAGGGGAAAACUAAUUGUUCAAAGCCCUAUUGAUCCCAAGAAUAUUCCCAAAUAUGACCUUCUCUAUCAAGACAUUUAGUACAUUAACUGCUCUCAAAGUUGAAGAGAUGGACACAUCUUGAAACAGUACCAGAAUGCAGCUGUGCUGUUUUUCUGGAGUCCUUGGAAAUGUAGAGUGCCCCAGCAGAGAAGAAGUUUGACAUGUAGAAAAAAUACCCACCCUGAGUAAAAGAUCAUUCUGGGACUCUUGACAGUGUGGGGUGCCUACAUUUCCACUGCCUGCGAACCUCGGAGCAGUCAAGUCGACAGUAUGAAAUUUCUGCAGAGUGAUGUUUUUAACUUCUCUUUAUAUUGUGCUUUUCUUUAUUCCUUAAGAAUACAGAAUCCUCCAAAACAUUAGCUAGUACAAUUUGAUUUAAUCAUGCUCAUUUGAUACACUCUUAGAAUGGGAAGUCAGUUCCCAUAGAAGCAAAACUAUGUAUUUUCUUUCUACCCUCGCUGCAUGCACUCGUGCAUGCACACACACACACCUUGCCCAUUCCUGCACUCAUAUUCCCCAUGUGUUCCUGUCUUUAGUCCUAAUUUUCCCAGGUUUCUCUUGGAAUAAUUCUCUACUGAUAGCAGGCAAGUUUGUUUUAUUUUGGACCCUUUCUGGCUCAAACUUUUAAAAUGUUGUCCUGGUUUACUCAUUUUACUAGCUUUUAGGUUAUUAAAUUGCCCAGGAAGUAAGAACUUAAACCUUCACCAUCUAGCAUCCAACUUGAGCAGAGCAAAAACUUAACUACCCUUCAUAAGGAGGAGCAGAUCUCCCCCAGAAGUCAGAGUUUCUGCCUCUUUUUGAGGGAGAAAAUUGUAUUUCUAGGGCUCAAGACUGAAGAGAGAUGUCAGAAUUGUUAGAACUGUCCUUAUUUUCCUGUUUUAAUAGCUUUAAGAAGAAUCCUUGUUCUUCCAGCGUCCCUAGCACCACCUGCUGCCACUUGGGCGAAUUACUGCUCUGCCCAAAACCCCACAGGGGCCCUUGAAGAUGAGAGAAUGCAGGCAGAGCCUGAGCGCAGUGGACCAGGCAGCCACUGACCCCCCUUGGCGGCAGAGGCCCAGUUCUGUUCAGGGCGGCGCCGUCACAAGGCCAUCCUCUGCCGGGUGCUUCCUUUCCUCACCUCUCCUGCCCUGAGGAGGGACCCGGGGAGCUGGUUCUGGCUAACCCAGCCUAGGGGAAGACUGCUGGGUGCUCCUGUGUCCUUCCCUGAAAAGGAGAGAGCCACUUCAGGAAUAAAAAAAAACUUUUUCUACCACUUCUGCCUUCUCUCCCUUUCUGCUUCUGAUUGUAAUCAUGAUGUGUCGCUGCAGUAGCCAUCUUAGGUCCAUGAGGCAACUAGCGUUGGGAUAAAAAUCAAUGUACUGAGUAGGACAAUAAAGAUUUUGGGUCCCCAGUGAGCAUAGAGGUGCUGAGUAAACUCUAGACCCACCUCCUUCCACAUUUCUUAUGUAAAAUAAACAUUUUC